UGUUUUUUGAUACAGACUUUCCCUGAUGGACCGUCUCAGGGAAGCAAACGGCAUUUUUGCCAUCAACUUAUUAAAAAUGUUGGGUGAAGAGGACCACUCGCAGAACGUGUUCUUCUCUCCCCUGAGCAUCUCCUCUGCCCUGGCCAUGGUCUUCAUGGGGGCCAAAGGAGACACGGCCGCCCAGAUGUCCCAGGCACUUUGUCUGGACAAAGGCGAAGACGUCCACCAAGGUUUCCAGUCGCUCCUCACGGAAGUUAACAGAUGCGGCACUCAGUACUUGCUCAGAACCGCCAACAGACUCUUUGGAGAAAAGACAUGUGACUUCCUUCCGGCCUUUAAGGAGUCCUGCCAGGAGUUCUAUCAGGCAGAGCUGGAGGAGCUGUCCUUUGCUGAAGACACGGAGGAAUGCAGGAAACACAUCAACGACUGGGUGACAGAAAAGACCGAAGGUAAGAUUUCAGAGAUCCUGGGUGUCGGGACGGUCGGCGCACUGACGAAGCUGGUUCUGGUGAAUGCCAUCUAUUUCAAGGGGAGAUGGAGCGAGCAGUUUGACAGAAAGCACACACGGGGGAUGCCCUAACCAGUGAGGGAAGGCGAAAAAAAGACAGUGCAGAUGAUGUUUAAACAAGCUAAAUUUAAAAUGGGCUAUGCAGACGAGGUGCACAGCCAGGUCCUGGAGCUGCCUUACGCAGGGGAGGAGCUGAGCAUGGUCAUUCUCCUGCCUGAUGAUGACACUGAUCUCGCUGUGGUGGAAAAAGCACUUACCUACGAGAAGUUCCGAGCCUGGACGGAUCCAGAAAAGAUGACUCAGGGUAAGGUCCGACUUUUCCUUCCCCGGCUGAAGCUGGAGGAGAGUUACGACCUGGAGUCCUUCCUGCGAAGUCUGGGGAUGACCGACGCUUUCGAGGAAGCCAGGGCAGACUUCUCUGGAAUGUCGACUAAGAAGAAUGUGCCCGUGUCCAAGGUGGCGCACAAGUGCUUCGUAGAGGUCAACGAGGAGGGCACGGAGGCGGCCGCGGCCACGGCCGUGAUCAGGAAUUCUCGCUGCAGCAGUAUGGAGCCGAGCUUCUGUGCAGACCACCCCUUCCUCUUCUUCAUCAGGCACCACAAAACCGACAGCAUUUUGUUCUGCGGCAGGUUCUCGUCUCCAUAACGAGGCGCCAUCGCCGUCCGACACGCCUUCCCUUCCACCCCACCUCGCCUUAAAAUUCAGAUUUUGGUGACCAAAUCGGUGCUGUGGUUUGAGUCUCAAAAGUAAAGUGUGUGCACCUGGGAAGUCUGUGAAAGUCUUUACUGAGUAUUCCACAGCCAUCGAGGAUAACUCAGGCCUCCGAUGUGUAGAGUUUGGGGCUGUGCUCAUUCUGGAAUGUGCGGGAGCCCCUCCCUCGCACGGACUGCCCUCACCUACCCAUCAUGGGGUGGCCGGCUCUCCUCAAAGCUGUGCCCCUGGUUCGUGGGCGUCUUUAGGAGUGCGUCAAGGAUCCACAGCUUAGCCCUCUAUCUGCUCUUCCAUCCUGCAGUGACCCCAGAGCUCUGCCCAGCACCACUGCCAGGCGCCAGUGUCUCAAACAGCUGAGAUAAAGUGUCUGUCUCCUGUCACCAUCACACAGACAGCCCGGCAUGUCCCAUGUCUCACACGGUCCUUCAUGAAAACAGCUCCUUCAGAUCUUGCCAUCAGCCUCAGACGUGACGUCAGGGGCUCGGCAGUGAGCCGCAGGGCUGGGCUUGGAGCCAAAUCUCUGACGCAAGCCAUGUGUCCCCUUCCAUCCCCUUUGCUUCUGAGACAUACACGUGGCCCCAAAGGAACACACGCCCAGCACCUCUUGGAAACGCUGACCCCUCUAGUUCAUCACAUAUGGUCAGACAUGGCUCAAGCACACCCCUUGCUUAAAAGCAGACCUCCCUACAUUAUUUUUAUGAUUAAAAAAGAAUUUGUGUCACGGCAGCCAUUUGCAAACUGUAGAAAAGUAUGCAAAGAAACCAAGUCUCGCACAGUUCCACUAUCCAGAUGCAUCAUUGCUGUUAAUAGUGACCUAUGUCCUUCCUUCUUCUCUGUAUGCAAAUAGAAGUUGGAAACAUUUUAACACAGUUCAUCCUAUACUUCGGUAGUUUACUUCUACCCCUACUUAAUGUAAACCUUCUUCAAGAUAAUUAUCUUCCUAUGUCAUCCAUUUGAUGUGUCCAAUUGUAUGACUGUCUAUAUUUUCUGUAAUCAAAUCUAAUUUAGGUAAUUAAAAUUACUUAUAUACGACACUGUUAUGAAUAUCCUAGCUAUUCGUUCACAUUCUUAAUAUUUUUUAAAGAAACAUUCCUAAAAACGAUACCGUCAAGAUAAAAGCCGGGCACCUUUGGAGGCUUCUUCCUAAUCCUUCUCCAGGUUGUUUUACACUCCCGCUUACAGCACUCCAUUAACUGCUGCCUGACUUUCUGUCAUGAGUUGGACUGAAAAGUGGUUAUUCCGGACUCGAUUUGUGGUUCACAGCUACUCGAACCAUUCAGAUUAUAGCUCUUAAAAUUCGCCAGACUAGAACACGUUCCGAGCUAGGCCACCUUCGCAUGGGGUACCCUGCUUUCCGAAGCGGGUUUGGCCAAACGCUGACCCACAGCACUAGAAAGCACGCUCUGUGAGCUCUAGUCUUGCUCCCGCCUCUAAUCUAAAAAAAUCUACACCUUUAUUGGGGUAUGAUUCACACAAAAAACCUUUACGUAUUUAAUACGUACAAUUUGACACGUUUCGAUCCAUGUAUGCGCCCAUGAAUCCAUCUCCACAGUCAAGAUGGUGAACAGAGCUAUCACACCCCCAAAUUUCCUCUUGUACUUUGUAAUUCCCCUUUAUAAUUCUUCCCUCCUGCCCUCCCCUUUCCCACCCCAAUCAUUUACCCUUACUUCUCACUCAACCACUGAUCUGCUCUCUGUUCCUAUAGAUUAAUUUGCAUUUCCUAGAAUUCUCUAUGAAUGGAAUGAAACAUUAUCUACUGUUUUCGGUAUGGCUGCGAUUGCUCAGUAUUUUUGAGCUUCAUUCACGUUCAUAGCAAUACCAUGUUCCUUUUCAUCGCUAAAUAAUAUUUUGUUAUAUGGAUAUACCACCAUUUGUUUAUCCAUCCACCUUUUGAUGGACGUUUAGGAUGUUGCCGAGAUUUUGCCUAUUGCAAAUAAAGUUCCUAUGAACGUUCAUGUGCA